GGAAAAUUUUCGUGGAAGAAUGGCCAAACCUGAGAAGGAUUUGGCACAUCAAGAAUCUAGUCUGAUAUAUACGUUCUACCUUGAGCUGCCCUUUCAAUGGGAGAGGAUUGAAGAUAAGAAAUAUGAUAAUGAGAAUGUGAUUAUAAAGAGAUGGCUCAGGUUUAGAUUCUCUGGAUGUUAUGGAAUUGGUCUCUUUGUAGCUUUCCAAGAUAAUAAAUAAACUUAAUGCUUUAAAGACAUUACAAAAUUCUCAUUCAAACCAGAACAGAGUUUUAAGAAUCGAGUCAUAUGAGCCAACGAAGUUCUAUUUGCAAAGACGCUACAUGAAUGAGAUCAUAAGGAUACUCCCGACUGUCACCCAGUGUUUAUUCUUGUCAUCUUUCAAGUUUUCCCAGAAGCAACUGGCAAACAUUUUUUUGAACAUUUCUACUGUCAAAAAGGUAACUUUCUUUGAAUGCUUCUUUGAGCCUGUUUCUAUCACACCAAAGCUUAGAAAUCAAUACCUAGAAACUAUCUCUUUUGAAGAAUGAAAAGACUUGGAAGGAAGAGACAUCACUUUUGAAGAUCACCCCCAAAGAAGCUUGUUGGCGAGAUUAACCUCGAGAGCUGAAGAGCCAGAUCCAUCUGUCCUAAGUACAAUCUUACAGAUGAUUAGUUCUUCUUCCCUUAGUGAAUCUCUUUAUCGACUUGUGCUCAAGAGCGAUUGCACUAAGAAUGAAAUAGAGAAGCUGAUGAAGAGGCUAAUAAAGAAGCAUAAGCUUCAAAGAAUCUUCAUUCAGUGAUAUUAUUGUCAAGAGGACGGAACUAUGGGGUACGACCCAAUAUGCUUUCCAAGACCAGAUCGUUUAAUAAACGAUCCAAACUUUCCACAACCAAACCAACAAUGAAUAUGCUUCUAA